GAAGUUGCUAAAUGGAUGUAUCCUCUUCUGCCUCCCAGUUAUUGGUCAUCAGUAAUAUCUAAUACUUUUUUCCUCCUCUGCCACAGGACAGACAAAACAGUUAUCGGCUGUAGUGGAUUUCAUGGAGACUGCCUCACACUGACCAAGAUAAUUGAAGCUAGGUUAAAGAUGUACAAGCACUCAAACAACAAGACCAUGACGAGCGGAGCUAUCGCAGCAAUGCUUUCCACAAUCCUUUACUCAAGACGCUUCUUUCCUUACUAUGUGUACAAUAUUAUUGGAGGCCUCGAUGAAGAAGGUAAAGGAGCAGUGUACAGCUUUGAUCCAGUAGGAUCCUACCAGAGGGAUGCAUACAAAGCUGGUGGUUCGGCGAGUGCAAUGCUUCAGCCCCUUUUAGAUAACCAGAUUGGACACAAGAACAUGCAAAAUGUGGACCGGCUUCCACUGACCCUGGAGAAGGCACUACAACUUGUGAAAGAUGUAUUUAUUUCUGCAGCGGAAAGAGAUGUGUACACAGGAGAUGCCCUGAAAAUCAGCAUCGUUACCAAGGAUGGCAUAAGAGAGGAGACUGUUUCUCUCAGAAAAGAUUAAUUCAAUUGAUUUUUGUUAACCUGAUACUUAUGUAACCUUUUUCUUUAUAAAUAAAAAAAAUGUGAUCUCUGA